AAAUCUUACCUCCCCUCUUCUUAAGCGCAAGUGGUUUGGUCCACACGUAGAGUACUGCGCAGGCGCAGCGCGUGUUCUACCACACAGGCGCUGCGGCGGUUGAAGGCACACAAAAUGGCGUCUACCGAUUACAGCACCUAUAGCCAAACUGGAGCCCAACAAAGUUACAGUGCAUAUACUGCACAACCAACUCAAGGCUACGCACAGACUGCACAGGCAACUUAUGGGCAGCAGAGUUAUGGCACCUAUGCACAGCCCACUGAUGCCAGUUACACACAAGCACAGACAACAGCCAGCUAUGGCCAGUCUGCCUAUGCCACUUCUUAUGGACAGCCACCAACAGGAUACACUGCUCCAGCUGCUCCCCAAGCAUAUAGCCAGCCCAUGCAGGGAUACGGCUCUACAGGCUAUGACAGUACCACUGCAACAACUACCACAACUCAGGCUACAUAUGCUGCACCCUCUGCCUACGGUUCUCAACCUGCAUAUCCUUCUUAUGGUCAGCAGCCUGCCACUACUGCAUCUGCAAGACCUCAAGAUGGAAGCAAACCAGCAGAUACCAGUCAGCCCCCACCAAGUACAGCCUCAUAUGCCCAGCCCAGCAUGGGAUAUAGUCAAAGCAGCUACAGCUACCCUCAAGUUCCAGCAAGCUAUCCAAUGCAGCAAGUGAGCGCCCCUCCAUCCUACCCUCCUACAAGCUACUCGAGCUCUCAAACAUCAAGCUACGAGCAGAGCUCCUAUUCCCAGCCAAGUUCCUAUACCCAGCAAAGCGGCUAUGGACAGCAAGCCUCAUAUUCUCAGCAGAGUUCUUAUGGGCAGCCAAGUAGUUACGGCCAACAAAGUGGAUAUGGCCAACAGAGUAGCUACCAGGCACCCCCACAACAGCAACAACCUCCUCCCACCAGCUACCCACCACCUUCGUCUUCCUAUAGCAGCCAGCCCCCAGGGCAGUAUGGGCAGCAGAGCAGUAGUUAUGGACAACAGAGCAGCUAUCGUCCAGAUCACUCUAGCAGCAAAAGUCCCUAUGGCCAGGAGCCCCAUCAGGGUUUCUCCAGCUCUGGCGAGAAUCGCGGUUCUGGAGGCUCAGACUCACGCAGCAGGGGUCGGGGCAUGUUUGAAAGAGGCGGCAUGAGCCGUGGUGGGAGGGGCUCUCGUGGUGGCAUGGGCGGUGGAGAUCGAGCUGGCUUCAGUAAGCCUGGUGGACUCUUGGAUGAUGGACCUGAUCUUGAUUUAGGACCCCCUAUGCCUUUACCAUUGCCUUUGGACCUAGAAGAUGAGCUAGAAAGCAGUACCAUAUAUGUACAGGGACUGAAUGACAAUGUGACUGUAGAAGAAAUAGUGGAUUUCUUUAAACACUGUGGUGAUGUCAAGAUAAACAAGCGGACAGGCGAACCGCUUGUAAACCUCUUUAUGGACAAGGAAACUGGGAAGCCCAAAGGAGAUGGGACUGUGUCCUUUGAAGACCCACCUUCAGCUAAGACUGCUAUAGAGCUUUGUGAUGGGAAGGAUCUUAAUGGGAACAAGGUGAAAGUGUCAUUGGCUCGCAAAAAGUCUUUGCUAGGUAGCAUGAGAGGGGGGUCACUUUUACGUGACAACAGAGGACAGCCGCCACCUCUCCGUGGAGGUCCCAUGGGUCGCUUGGGUGGCCGAGGAGGGGAACGUGGGGGAUUCAUGCCAAGAGGGCCACGUGGGCCAAGAGGUAGUCCAGUUAGCGGUAAUGUCCAGCACAGGGCUGGUGACUGGCAGUGCCCCAACCCCGGAUGUGGAAACCAGAAUUUUGCUUGGAGAACAGAAUGCAACCAGUGCAAGGCUCCAAAGCCUGAUGGCCCUUUCCCUCCUUUCCCACCCCAAGGAGGAGAACGUGGAAGAGGUGGUCCAGGCAUGAGAGGAGGCAGAGGCCUAAUGGACCGUGGUGUGCCUGGUAUGUUUAGAGGUGGUCGUGGAGGAGAUAGAGGAGGCUUCAGAGGGCGUGGUAUGGACAGAGGAUUUGGAGGAGGAAGGAGAGGAGGACCUCCAGGUCCCCCUGGUCCACUCAUGGAACAGCUUGGUGGAAGAAUUGGUGGUGGAAGACGAGGUGGCCCCAGCAAAAUGGAUAAGAGUGAGCAUCGCCAGGAACGAAGAGAGAGACCCUACUAGUUUCGGAGCCACCUUUACUACCAGAUUUAUUUUUUAAACCAGAAAUGUUUUAAAUUUAUAAUUCCAUAUUUAUAAUGCUGACAUGAAGAUCCUCCCUUCACUGUCACAUUAUGAUUAUUCUUUGUCUGUAACUUUAGUAUUCACAAUUUGUGGAGAUAUUAAAAUGGAAAUUUAAUGGUAGUAUUGCUGUCUUUUUGUUUUGCUUUUGUUUUUUUUACCUUCCUUUUGAGAGCAAACAUAAUUUUUAGCUUCUUUGCAUGUGAAGGUUGAUGGUUUUGAAGUCUUUGAAUGAAAGCAUGUGCAUUAUCUUGACAGAAUCUAUGGCUAGAGAAGAUAGACCAUACAAAACUGUUUUUAUUUUUAGCAGGUGAAUCUGUUUGGCCCCUGUCUUGGAUCUUCAAAUGGCUAAUAAUACCCUCUUAUGCGACUGUGGAUUUGUGUUUAACUUUUGUUUGUUUUUUGGGGAGGGGUGGGCUUGCUAUUGGUGAGUAUAUUAUUUUGUGGCCAUUCUGUAAAAAAUGGGGAUUUAUUUUAUUUUUGUUUUAAUAUACUGGCUUGUGUUAAUUUGUUGGACCCCACCCCAUAAUACUGUAAUAAAAUCUUGUUGAACCACUA